UAUGUUAUCACGUCAAAGUCCAUACUCUGAGUAAUUGUUGUCAAAAAGAAUGCAUUUUGUGGCUUGAUUGUUAUAAUUGAAAUGUGAACCGAAAAAGAGGUAAUUAAGUGCGUAACUUAACCUAUGAAACGUUGCACUUAAAAUGAUAUUUUUGUAUAUGUAGUCGACCUCCAAGCCCAACCCUUUUAAUCUAUCCAAAAAUCGUUACACGAUUUGUUAAUUACUGAAAUAGUUGGAAGAAAAACAGUGCAGUAUCAAGACAUUAUGAGAAGAUGAACCCAGAUGAAUAUGACUUUCGUCGAAAUAUCCCCAACAAAGAGCCCUCCAGCGAGGCCCUACACUUUAUUCGGGGCCUUGAAGACAGGAGUCUAAACCACCUAAAGAAGAACAUCAAGGCAAAAGUGAGCAGAGAAGUAUUUGCUGAAGAUGAACUGGUCAGAAAAAAGUGUUAUGACGAAAUGCGGUGCGAGAUGCCCGGUCAACCCAGGUCCACAUUUCUCAUGGUUUUUAGCCCUGAUGGAACCAAAGUUGCUUCCACUCAUGGCAAUCACAAUAUUUACGUUACGGAUAUCAAAAGCGGGAAAAACAUUAAAACACUGACAGGGCACCCUAGGACUCCUUGGUGCAUUGCUUUCCACCCAACUUCCAACCAAAUUGUGGCGUCGGGAUGCUUGGGAGGAGAAGUCAGGAUCUGGGAUCUGAGUGGGGGGAGCGAGGUUUGGACUGCUGGUAAUCAAUCCGUAAUUGCGUCUAUUGCUUUCCAUCCCAAUGACCGGAUUUUGGUCAUUGCGACUUACAAUGAGUUGUAUUUUUGGGAUUGGAGCAUGCCUGAGCCAUUUGUCCAAGUGGCGACAGCUAAUCCCAAAGAAAAAAUUAGAUAUGUAGCGUUUGAUAAGUUGGGUCAUAAACUGAUUACCGGGAUUGCGAAUAGUCCCCAGACAAGGUGGGAAAGAGUUAGGGCUCCUGUCCCAGUACCAAGACAAGCAGAAAGGUCUGCCAGCCCCUACAGACUUAGAAUUACCCCAAGACUGGUCAACACACCCUCACCACCUGAAAGAACCUAUUUUAAUGUAGGGUUACGUCCCGAACAACCUAGCGUUGUUGAAACCACUCGUGAGGCACUUUCUAGCGUUCCUGAACGAGAAAGACGAAUUACAGCGUCCUACAGAAACCUUCUUAGGGAAUACGAACAGUUGGUUCAACGCUAUUUAAAAGUUUACAAACCUCCAACUAUGAUUGAUCGCGGCACUGAUCCCAUGGAACCCAACGCUACUAGCGCCACUAGCAGUACCCAAGCACCCGAAUCUGAACCCAGCACUUCUGGAACGAACAACCCAUCAAACUUAACCGAAUCUCAACCCUCAACCUCUCAAAAUUACAGUUCCUCCCUUGUGAUGCCAAGCCGUAUUUUAGCAAUGAAAAAACAACCAACGGAAGCUCACAGUACUCAAACAUCAGACUCAAGGAAACACAAAUCGUCCGAAAAUACACAAGAGUCGACUCAAGAAAAACGAAGUAAAUCUAACGAUUCUGGACCGAGUUCACAUACAGAAACAGCGACCCAAACUCAGAGUCCUAGGAGGCUGCUUGUAAUAAACGAGAGGCCCCAACCAGAACCUUCGACAAGUGGAUUGCAGGACAAACCUGUCCGAAAUUCGGGGGUGCGAAUUUUGUGUCCAAAGAAACGGAAAUUGCUAAAUGUGAACGAGUCGGAAGCUGGGUGCUCGAACAGUGAGCCCCAACCGAGCACGAGUCAAGGAAGCACUUCUGGAGAUAUUCUGCAAAAUAUUCGUCCUAUCACUGAAGAAGUGAGGAAUCGGUUUUUGCCGAUUAUCAAGUCGCUUCCUGCGUGUGAUAGACCGAAAUUAAUCCGACGUUUUGAGAAUAGUAGGGCCCAUGAAAGAAUGAAGUUUAGACAAAUGUGUCCCACUUUUAUAAAAAAGCCGAAUCGGAGACCAGUCCUUGACACUUCUUCUGAUAGUAGUAGUUCGGACGACGAGCAUGGGGGCACUUUACGUUCACGAAUGCCAAUAGAUCUCACAACUAACACAACCAAUCAAAACAGAAAUACAUGUACAACCAAUCAAAACGAUCGGGAACCGGAAUGUGUUCACACUGCCAGCAGUAGUAACCCUCCCAGCAACCCUUCAACUUCAAGUUCAAACACUUCAAACAUUAGUGGUGUCAGAAGUUUUAUCAUGGAGCUAGAACAAUUACUAAUGACAAUUCUCCUGACCGAAAUUGAAAGCAAUGAAAGUCAAAACUCAGCAUCAGUUAGUAAUAAUAAUAACAGUCCUAUAAAUUUAUCAAACACUCCUCCUGCUACAAGUAAUCAGGACGAGCAAGUGGACAAUUCGAAUGUUAGGUCUUCACCGGUUUCAAUGUCGGCGACUAGAGAUCAGGAUUUGAUAAGGCCGAAUGCGGUACCUUUGGGAUUUGGUACUUUUCGAAGACUGAUACAGAGACAUGAGAAUCAGGAUCAGUCCGAAUCCAGGACUCCGACUUCGAAUUCAGACGAGCCCUCUCGGUCUAGCCCUGGGAGUAGUAAUGGGAUUUACUCAAGGACAAGUUCCCCAAUUUAUAACCGGACGUAUCCCAGGCGGAGGCUGCCGGCUCAUCGCAUUUCGGCGUUUAUGCCAACGAGGGUUAACUAUAACAGAAUUCCGAUGAGAUACAGGAGGGGUUCUUCGUUUAGAUUAGGAAGUAGAUUAUCGGUCAAUAGCACUUUCCCUAUCGACGAGCUUAUAAAUUACUCUGAACGUCCCAACGCUGAAGACAACGUCCCACAAGACAAUAUUCCCGAAAGCAGCCCUUUAGUGCCCCCAUCUGAGCCUUCUCCUUUCGUCAAUCUGGGCAACAUGUACUCAAACAUUGUCCAAGAUCUCGAAUCUAGCCUAAAUGACGUCAGAAACAUCCGUUCGAGCACACGCCCGAGCGAAACCUCCGACAUGCUAAGCAGUUUUUCCGAAAGCCUCGAAAACAUAAUGAACCAAUCAGAUACGAUUUUGCGAAAUUUAGGCGGUUCCAUGUCGAUGUUACCGAACUAUUCCGAACAGAAUGAAUCUCGACGACGAGAAACAUCUGAACCGCGAGUCAGUUUCAACGACCAGAAUUUCUACAUUCGGAGUAAUUCACCGCAAGAGGCCUCUACUAGUGGUGGCGAGAGAAAUUUAAGCGAUGUGUUAGCAGGGGGUAGAAGUGUGGUCGAAUCUGAUCACAACUAUCCUAGAAAUCCUGGAAAUAACCAAAUACCUAAUUCCGGCGAAAAUAUGUCACCUUUGAUGACGUCCCUACAUUUAACGAUAUCGUACAUACAGAGACAAGCGCGACUUUUGAGGCACCAAGUCGAGAGUAUUGAACGUAUUGAUAGGACAAUGUUCGAAGUCGAACAAUUGCAACUUAUUAGACAGUUGAUAACCGAGUUUUUGAGGUAUGUAAGGUCUUUAGCUGGAGAGAGCCGCAGCACCGGUAUGUCCAGCGUGAGACAAAUGAUGGCUGGAACUAGAAUCAGCGAUUCGAGUCCUUACGAUUCACAGUCGGAAGAACAGCCCCAACAGCCCCCUCAACCCGUUCCUAGUUCGAGCACUUCGAACGAUCAAAGUCAGCCACGACCAAGAACUUCAGGUCGAAAAACCUAUCCACCAUCGCGCCUUUUCCGCUUACAGCGCCACAAUCGACGCUCAUUAUUUGUCAAUUUUUUCCCACGAAGAUAUACGGGACGACCCGAACGCGGGGUGAAACACACCGGUCCUUGUCGUAACGCCCCCUCUAGAACACCGGCAGAAACAACAAAUCCUCUCCGACAUUUGUCUAGUCACUUAUUGAUUAAUUCCUCGAGUUUGAAUCUCAUGGCGAGGCGACUUGAACAUUUUUUAACCGAACAAACUCGACUCAUUACGAGACCACAAGAGAGCAAUACUGGGUCAAUUCGGUCGACUGCUGCGACUGAAUUGGGUGAAAGGAUUUUAUCAAUUCGGUUAUAUGACUGUGUCAUGCGGAUGAACAGGAUUAUGGGUAACGGUUUUGACAGUAGCCGGUUUAGAAACACGAGGAGCGAUUUGGUCGUUGUCACACAAGAUGGUGCUUCGAGAUUUCCUGCACGCCAUUUUCUGAGUCUGAUAGUUGACGGUAUGAGUAAACAUUUGGAGGAGUUGGCAGGAUCUAAUAUAUCUCAGAGUUUGCGAGGACAGAUACAUAGUGUUCUAGCAAUGGCGCUUUUGCUAUCAGAUCUUUUAUUAUUACAAUUGGUUGAUUCGAUUCCGCCACCUGCCGGUAUGAAUUUAGAUGUGGAGAGAGAGUCGCUCACGUCACGGAUUGAUCAAAUGUGUGGUCAAAUGCUUCAAAAUCGAUUCAGUGGCCAUUCACAUCAAUUGACGCGAAGUUUGCAACAUAUGAGAUUGAAUAUGAGACGGGCAUAUAGGGCUUUGGGGCAAACAUACAACGCAAGAAGGAAUGCAAUGUUGCCUAAUAGACCUGAUACGAAUCGUAGACAAUUACUUAAUAGAUAUUUGAGGAAUAUAAAUCUAAGACGGCAACAGAAUCCCGGUACUGAUCCCACGACAUCAUCAAGUGACACCGGCGCGAGAGAAAAUUCGAAUGUAGCUCCCGUUGCACCGGCUGAGAAUACAGGAAACGAGAAUGUAACCCGUGGUUGGAGCAGUCUACGUGAUUUAAUUAUGAGAUAUUCGGAUAACACUGGAGAGGAUGAAGAUGUUACAAGCUCGAAUUCGAAUCAGGACUCUCAGGAGCGGACUCAAAGAUUCGAAACUGUCUCAAGUAACAACAGUGAUGAUAACGACGACGAGUCAGAAUGGUACGUCAAUAAUAGCAACCGCAGUACUAAUCUCUAUCGCACAAACAAUGUCAAUUUGGUACAUAAUAAUCCCGAAGAAUCGAGUUCGAAUCCCUCGAGACCUUGGAAUGUUCCAUCAGUGCAAGUAAAUGAUGUUCCGGUUCCGAUUGCGGAACAACCUUCCCUAUUCCAACAAAGAAUUAUGACACAUCGGCAGAGAUUGGCUGAGAGAGUUUCAGAAUUGCGCACUUUUCCACAAAUGGGCGGUUUGAGGCCGAGAUUUUUGCACCCGCUUUAUGCCAGUGUGAAUCCGUUUGAUGCAGAUCUCGAUGAUCCACAAAGAGAGACUAAUAAUUACGACUGUGAUAUGAUAACGACCGUUACGCCGAAUCAUAGAAUCCAAAUGUGGGAUAUUUCGUCAGGCAAUAUACCAGUUAUUAAUAAUCCAUUGAAAAAUCUUAUUGUGAGCGAAUGUAAAAUCCACAAUGACGCCAGUGUGGAUAUUGCUAAAGACGGGACCAUUUUAGUGACCUUAUUGCCAUCUGGUGGUUAUUUAAACGUAACUAACAAAUUGGGAGUCUAUAGUUUGAGAUGGGACACUUUGGGUCAGUGUUUAUACACUACUAGCUUUGAACAAAACGCAGUUUCGGUGGCUCUGUCGCCUCUGAGUCGACAUUUGGUUGUUGGUUUGGCAUCUAGGAGAGUGUCCAUUGUCCCUAGUGAUAGAUGGACGAUGGCACGGAUUUUUAUUAUAGAACAGAAGAAUGCUCCAGGAGAUAGAUUACCUGUUUUGAGGGAGUUAGGGCAAAAUAGGGACAGUAGGGCUAAUUACAAAAGCGUUAAUUGUAUUAGGUGGCUACCGACUUCAGGUCAAGGACUCAUUUAUGCUACAAAUACAGGACAGUUGGUAAUUUUAACGUAAAUUACGCAACACUAAUCAGAGUGGGACUGUUAGAUAAUUUGCUUUUAUAUUUAUUUGAAUAAAUUAGGUUAGUUUUUGUUUGUGAGAACAUAUGAGCCUUGAAGUAUUAAACGAUGCAAGAUUUGAAUUGUUUUGUCAUUUAUAUUUUCAUUUAUUAUGCUCAACCAUCUUAAAUAUCUCACUCUGCGUAAUUAAAGAUUAUUUUUAUAAUACGUUCACGUUAUAACGCACCUACUUGUAGAUUUUGAAAGUUUUGAAAUAAUAUUUUGUUUAGCUUUAUAAAACUAAACAAUAGAUGUAUGUAAAUUCAUUGAUGAUUUUAUUAGCUACUCGUUUUUUGUGACUGCGACUACAUAAUAAUAUUUGCUCUUGUUUUUACAUACUUAUCGUGAUAUUUAUUUCUAGUGAUAUGAUUUUCUGCUAGGCAAAACUAAUUAACCUUAAUUUUAUCAAAUUUGUACAUGUAGGUAUUCAGAUACACAUUGAUUUUUAAUUGCCAUUUUUAAUUGAAUUGUAUUAUUUUUUUUAAUACGCUAUCCCUAGUAGAUUAAGAUUUGAAUUAUGAUUUUGAAGUAGGUAAUACUGUCUUAUUUGGUAUUAUUUUUUAUUCUUUCCUAUGAUGAUGUUUGCACGCAAGUGUUGUCUUUGUACAUAUUGUAAUGUUGGUGAUUAAGUACCUUUUUAAGAAAUAAAAAUAGAUAACGAAA